AUGUCAUCCCUGUAUGGUAUUGAUGCUGACGGUUCUCAUGGCUACAGGGAAUGUAUUGUAAGUUGGGAACAGGAAGAACAAGCAACAUCUAAUGUUCCCUAUGUACAGCCAGAUGAUGACCUACCUCCUAAGGAGUCUAUUCCUGCAGAGGCAACUGUUUCACACAAGGGAAAUACCCUGUUCUUGCCCAGCAUCUUCAUGAAGGAAGCAUGCAAAGAACCCAAGUCGAACGGUGGUUCUUCCCGGAAGAACAAAGCAGGAAUCAGUGGCUCUCAUCGUGUUCCCAACUUCCCGACCGAUGAUUUAAUGAUUCCAAUGGAGACCCAAUGGCAUCAAAUCAAUGAUGAUUAUUUGGUAGUACACGAAGAAUGCUCUGAUUCUGAUUAUGAAGGGGCUGAUGACCAUUUAGUGGAGCUGGUUAGGUGUGAUGCAGAAUGGAGAUCUACAAAGUGGGCAUUGCGAACCAACAAAAAGGUAUUGACCCCAACUCUCCCUGGGGAAUUGAUUGACCAAACAAGUACCAAUCCCAAUGGGCCUAGAAACCAACCAGAGACUCCCAAGGGCAUUCCAUUUUUCCAACUCCAAGCCCACAUUCAAGCAAAGUGUCAAGGGUGGAAGCCAGAGAGCUACGAACAGCAAGGGUGUGCCACCUCUACUACUGAACCGAACCCAAAGAGAACCAAACGCAGAGGCAAUAAGAAGGUGCAACAGUUCAGUCGUCGGAUGAAGUUUCAGAUGCGACCCUCAUCCUUCCCGAACUCCCCACUUCCUCCAAGAUAUGUUUUGAAACAGACUCGUAGAGAGGAAGGUAACAACAGUGGCCAAAGAAACCCAGAGGAGACGGCCCCAACCAAUCUGAUUUGA